UUUGAUAUUCAAAUGAAUCUGUAUAUAGCAUGUUAGUUGCUUUCUUCAUAAUGGUUUGAACGGAAACGAAACAUCGUUUCGUGUUUUUUUUACGAGUGAUCAUAAAGUAUACUUAUUCAUUUAAUUCCUCGAAAAGUAAUAUAGCGAUUAAAACUGAUUUUUCUCGUGAAGAUAUUAAAAGUUACACUUCGGUCAAAGACACGAUCGUUUGAUCUAAGAUCUAAUGAAAGGAAUAUCGGAUCAAAGCAGAAAACGUAAGACCAGCGAAGUACGGGCGGCCUGUUGUGUGUAUACCACAUGGAUGGGACACUAAAACAAUAGAACACGAGAAGAUUGGCAAAAAUUUUUCCUCAUCUAUACACAACGAGAAAUAAAAUAUCAACAGUAUUAAUAACUUGUGAACAAUUAUGAGUUGGAACAACGAACGUCGUUCACGGGACUAUGCUGACAAUCACCGACGUACUCACAGAAGCCAUCGAGAGGACGGACGUCAACCGCGUAGUGACUACGAUGAUGAUUCUCGGCGUUCGCAGCGUCAGAGGGAUUACGAUGAUGUCAACGAUCAUCGAUACCGAUCAGAUUAUGAUUCUGAACGACGCAAUCGUAAUGGGUCGGGUCGUAGAUAUCCGUCGAUUGAUUAUACCAAUUCUUCGAGACAAAAGCAACGACGUUCGAAUGAUUUGAAUGAUGAUCGUUCAAGAAAUCGCGAGCAGAGUUCACGAUCAAGUUCUAUGCUCAAUCAUGUUGGUCAACAAAACUCUAAUAGAACUUCAUCAUCUAACUAUGCUUCGGAGUGGUUUCGUGGUCAAUCUGAUUUUACCCAGCAGCCCAUGUUGGGAGGCUAUUCAAUUCCAUCUCCUCCUCGAGAAGUAAUUGACGAGCCGUUGAACGAUACUGAAGAUGCUGAGGAAGAAGCUUUAAAAUUAUUGGAGGAAGUUGACAAGUUAGAGGCUGGCAACAUUUCAGAUAUAAAAACUGAAAUUCCAGAUGGUAAUCCCGAGCAGUAUGAAAUAUAUUAUGACGAUUUUCUCUCAUACCCUGAAGAUGGCCCAGUUCCUGAAUGGUACCAAAAGCAGUUGGAUGUAAAAGUAAAACUUGCACUAAGUCGAAUAAAUAAUGUAAGAGAUAGAGUCUGUUGGAGCGAUGACCAAGUUAAAGAGCAAAUUGAACUAAUGGAAAGCGAUCACUCAAGUACUUUAUGUAAAAUGGAUAAGCCUAGACAUCCAAAAAUUGAUCAAGCUUGGUUCAAUACAUGGAAAUUUGAUUGUAGACAAGCUGUGAUAUGUGGUAGUUUUGUGCCAGGACAUGUGCACACUAAAGAUUGUGAAAAAAAUUCUUUUAUACCGCUCAUAAAUCCAAAUCAACAAAGUUUACCAUAUGAAAUUCCCAAGUAUAUUUCAGAAAUUGUUCAGGAAAUUACAGAUUUCACUAACACAGCCAUUGAAAGUAACAGUACAGUAAACGUUAACAAACCUGAAUGGAAAUGGAUUAAACUUCGAAGUAAUUAUAAGUGUGAAGUGCUCGUUGUAAUUGGAGCUCAAUAUAUAAAACCAAUAAUUUCUAAGUUAAAAAAAUUUUGUGAAGAUAGGUUAUUUAAAACCACAAAGAUUUGCUCAAUUUCAUACGUAGAUUUAAAACAAGGUGUAAAGAAUAAAAGUACACUUCCCAUUAUAAAUCUUUGUGGAGAGCUUACAAUGUUAGAUAAAGUUGGGAAUGUAUGUGUCCAAUAUGACCAUAAAACAAAUAUGCAGUUUAAUGCAGUAGAAUUUAAUAUACUAGGCAAAGUAAUACAUGAAUAUCUCGAUCCAGAAAGUCACACAACAAUUAUUGAUAUUGGGUCCACCAUAGGAUUGUUAGGGUGUAUGAUGGGCAAUAAAAACUGUGCAAAAGUUAUUGGAUUAACUGACUCUAGACAUGGAAUGGAAUUAGCAGAAUCCAUAAAAUCAUUAAAUAACAUAAAUAAAGCAACGUUCAUGGAAUGUGACAAAGAUAAAGUAUAUUCCAAAUCUCUGUCAUUGACAACAUCAUGUAGUUCUGUUGUUAUUCUUAAUUUGAAUUCAGUUUAUGGAAGAUAUCCAUUAAUCUAUGAUGAUAUCAGAAAAUUACCAACAGUUUGGAGACUCGUUAUUUACGGUUGUUUUAAACCAGAUUAUGUGAAAUAUUUCACUAAAUUGACAAACACCAAUGAUGAAAUAGGUGAACCUUUUUUACCUAUAAGAUAUUGUGUGUUAGAUAAGUCACCAUCAAAUACAGAUGAAUUUAUUAUCGUACUACUACUCGAGAGAUCUUCAUUAGUUGAUGGUAAAACAAAACCUUAUAAAGAAGCUCCAACUAUGAACGUUGGAUCAGAAAAUCUUAAUUCUGGAGUUAUGAAUAACCAUCGAAAUGAAGUCGCACCUAUUAAUGAUAAUGUGAAUAUUUUUAGAAUUCCCACACAAGAACCUAACAUACCCUUGUUUACUACUGUUACUCAUGGAGAAGUGUUUUCUAUACAUUGUAAUAAUCCUAAUCUUAUUGGGAGUAUUGUUCCAGAUUCAGAAUGGAAACUUCAUAAAAUUUCUUUUCAAAAUCCGUAUUUUAAAACAUAUCGAGAAAUACCUGCAAAUUUUAUAAAUAUGGAAAUAGAUGCUAGAUACCAACGCCACUUGGAACUUAAAAAUCAAUUGAACGCACGUUAUACAGUUCAACAAACUGUUGGAAACUCUUCUUUUAACUCGGAAAAUCAUUCCAGAAAUGUAGUGGAGUCAUUUAUUCCUUUAGAUUCAAGAGUGGAAAAUCCUUACAACAAUAAUUUCAGAAAUAAUCAGCAAGUUGAUGAAAAUCUUUCUCAAAGUUUUAAUUUGAAUAGUUACCCAGAGAAUGCAUCAGAGACGUUGAGAAGGCGUGAAGAUAAGAGAGUUGAAAAUCCUUUUAAUCGACAAGGAAAUUCAAGAGAUCCACGAAAUAAAUUGAGAACUACUGAGAUCCAAUCUACAGAAUCGCGAAAUCUUACAUUUGAAAAUAGAGGUACUAACACACUCAAUGAACCUAGGCUUAAUGUAAAUAAAGUAAAGUUAGGCUUGAAUGAAUACAAAAAUCGUUCGAAAUCGUCUGAUUCUUCUGAGUUGAACAAUUUAGAGAAGUAUUCGAGUGGAAAAGAGCCACACAUGAAUCGAUCAACAGGUACAUCAAGCAAAAAAGAAGAUGUUUGCAAAGAUAAAUCAUCAAAUAGUCAAUAUAACUCUAAAAAAAAUAGGGAUGAAGUGCAUAAAGUAAGAUCAACUACAAGCGAUUCAUUAGAAAGACAUCAAAAUAAAAUGGAUAGAAAUGAUAAAGAAAAAUCAUUGGUUAUUCGAUCCACGUCAAAAAAACAAACAAAACCGGAUGUGAUGCAUGAGAAAAAAUCAACCAAUAGUACUUCACUUGAAUCACAUCAAAAGAAAAAGGGUGAAAAAGAUGAAGAAGUGCCAUCUACUAGUAGAUCACAAAUUUCAAAUGAAAAAUUAAAGGAAGUACGUGAGAAAAAAUUAUCUAUAAGUGAAUCACGACAAUCACAUGAAAAAUCAUCUACAAGUACAUUACAAACACAAAAUGAAAAGUCUAAAAAAGGUUACAAAGAAAAACCAUCUUCCAGUUCAUCACAUAGUUCUUGUUCAGUUCAGAGUAAUAAGUCACCGCCUUCGGAAACUGAAAAAGAUGCUAAAAAAGAUAGAAAGCAUCAUAAAGAUAAAUCACAUAAACAUCAUAAGCAUAAAUCACACAAAAAAAAAUCAGAAAGAUCCAGGUCUUCUAGUCACAAAAGUUCAUCACCUGUGCAACAAAAUUUGAAUUCUUUGCUUACUCAUAUUGAACAAUUAAAAUCUAUCAAAACUGAGCCUGAAAGUGGUAAUACUGAUAAUAAUGAAAAUAUGAACAUUUGUCAAGGAAGUCAGCUUUUUAAAGUAAAGAUUGAAAAUAUGGAUCAAAGGGAAAACCCAUAUCGUAAUUCAAUUCAAGAAUUUUUACCAAACCCAGUUGUUAUUAAAACUGAACCAAGUACAACUAUCGGAGAUCAAAAAUGUGAAUACUCUGAUAGUGAUAUUGAAAUAUUACCUCCAGUGAAAAAAGAACCAGUUUAUGUUGCUGAUAGUGAUGAAGAUAUAUUAGUUCCAAAAACUGACAAAAGUUCCACACAUGACUCUAAUGAUGAAUUAGUUGAUGAACAAUCUCUUUUUGUGCCAUUACCCGAAAAAUUAACUCGUAAUACUAAUCAAUUGAAAUUUUUAUUUGAAGUUGUACAAAAGUUAUGGGAACAUAAAUAUGGAUGGGCUUUCCAAGGACCAAUGUUAUCUAAUAAAAUGUUUAAAUUGAAUAAUUAUUCAGAGAUCGUCAGUGAACAUAUGGAUCUUAAUACAAUUAAAAAGCGCCUGGAGAACAAAUUUUAUUGGAGUUCUAGUGAAUGUUUAAAAGAUUUCCAAAUCAUGUUUCAAAACGUUUUUUCUUGUAUGAACGAAGAAGAAAAUGUUCUUCAUAUGAUGACAAAGAAAAUGAAAAAUUUUUUCGAUGAACUGAUUAUUGAUAUGCCAUCAGAAGAGUUGGGAAUUGAUGAAGAAGAUUUAUGGUCUAUGGCAACACCAAAACGUGUGCCACCAACAUCAUCUCAGAAAGAAGAUACAACAUGUUCUCUUGAUGGUGUGCAAUUAACAACGAAAGCAUCUUACUUGAAUGAUUUAUCAAACACAAUAUCUUCAUUCAAAUUUCAAGAGCUACUGCAAUCAUUUAAAAAUGAAAGUAGCGUUGUCUCUGAACAUGGUUUUGAAGCGCAAGUGCCAACCCAAAUAGGCCAUACUUCAGCAAACCAAAUGCAACAACAACCAGAAUUAACUCUGACACCAAUAAGAAUAACAACUGUAAAACAGGAACCUGAACAGGAAUCUAAUAUCAAGAUUCAAUCACAAUUAGGCCAUGAAUCAGUAAAUCAAAUUGAACAGCAAACUGAACUAGCUCAGAUGCCAUCAGUAACUGUAAAACAAGAAUCUGAUACUGACAUUCAAUUACAAUCAGAUCAUGUUUCAGAAAACCAAAUUGAACAAAAAACUGAAUCGGCUCAGACGCCAUUAGCAACUGUAAAACAGGAACCUUAUUCAAAUAUGGAAAUUAAAUCAAAAUUGGACUCAGAAAUUAACAAGUCGACUGAAGUGGUAACUCAAUAUAGUGAACAGAAUUUAACAAGCUUGCCAUUAUCUUUAAGAAUUGCAAGCAACUUUACUACUGUUAAAGUGAAAAAUGAGCCAAAUGAAGAAUCAAAUCAAAAUCUAGUCAAUUCAGAUUUUACAAAUUUUCCAACUACGACACACUUUACAAAAACAGAAUACUUCUUAACUGAAACGUCAGAUAAUUUAAAUCUAAUUGAUUUUGAUUCAGUUGGCUUAAAAGUGGAAAAUGAGUUACUACCAUCAUUCAUGUCAGAACGCGAAACAAACCCUCAUAAAAUAAUGGAUCAAUCAGAAUACUUUUUGACAAAAACAUCAUUAAAAUCAGAAUAUGAAAGUUCACAAGGCUUAACAAUUAAGAAUGAAGUAGAAAUAAAUGCUCUAAAAGAUAUGAUAAAACCUGAAUUAUCCAAUGAUACAAAUUUGAAUAACAAUAGGAAGCGAUCGGCAAAAGAAAAUAAUGAGGAUUCUUUGACUGAAGAUGCGUUUUAUCUUAACUCCAAUGAUAAUCUAGCUAAUCAAACAAUAGACAAUUCUGCUAAAAGACCACGUUUAUCAUGCAGCAAUUCAGAAGGUUCUCCUGAAGCUGUCAGGAGUUAUUUUAAUCCCACUUAUCAUUUAAACUUGACUGGAUUGAAUGACAGUACUGACCAAUUAAGAGAAUCGCCAUCAACAAGCCCAAAGCCAUCAAACUCUAAUGAAUUAGAAUCCUCAUCAUCUGAUUCAAUGAAUAAAUCUGCACCUUUUUUAGGUUCAAUUCCUAAUCUAUAUUAAAAUUUUUUAUAAAUGAAAUCUAAAAUAUUUAAUAAUUCAAAUGAUAGAUUUAUGUAACUACAGUAUUGUAAGCUUUAUAUUUUAAUAUUCCAUUGUUACCAUAAAUUUACAAAACUUGAAGUAUUUGAUUACGAUGCAAGAAUGUUUGCAUUUAUUUCAGAUAAAUAUUAUUAAAAUUAGAAUUUAUCAUUUGUGUGCAUUGCACUUUUGUCUCAUUUCAAACUUUCUAUUGUUAUAGAUAUUAAGCAAGAAUAACAUGUUUUUUGUUAUGUACUUUUUAGUGACAAAAUUUAACACAGAAAAAAUACAAACAGACAAAUAGACUUACUGUAAAAUAUUACAUGUUAUUAUGUAUUAAUGCCUUAAUA